AUGCGUGGGGUUUUAGAAUGCACCCCCCUCAAGGCGCUUAAUGAGUUCAAGGUUUCCGGCCAAGCGGUUCCCUUGCUUUACAAUCACUCGUCGUUUCGGACGCACCUCGACAAUCGGGCGUCGAUUAAAGUGCUCGCGGUGCAUGACUUCCUCGGGAGUUCGAACUUCUGGCAGAACGCCUUCCACAAAACCAUCACCACGCUUCCCCUCUCCACCUUGAUGAUUAAGGAGCCGCUGGAGGUGUAUUCGGUCGAUCUUCGCGGUCAUAACGCCUCGGAGAAGUUGAUGUCGAAUUCCGACGAGGAGAACUACCUCUCGUUGUGCGCCGAGGAUGUGAUUCGUCUGCAGCGCGAGGUCGUGGUGUGCGCGGCGAGAGGGCUAGGGGUGGGGUUCGGCGCGAUGGUUGCCUCGCUCGCCGCGCUUCACGCUCCGGAUUCCUUUCAUUCCCUCACGCUUCUCGUGGAGAACUUCGCGCAACUCUUUCGCUGCGAUCCCAACGCGUACGUGUUUCGCGAAGUCCUCCAAGGCGCCCCGUCGGAUGCGAAGAAUAUUUCCGAUAUGCACGCGUUUCUGAAGACGAAGCUUCCGCACCCGCUCGAUCGAGAGGUUCUUUUGGGAUUUGUGAAGGAAAGCCGCGGUGGGGCGCGGUUUCGCUUCCACGAGCGGCUGCUUAAAAUGGAAAACGCAAUCCAGAUGCCGAUUGAGCGAUUGGAUAAUCUGCAAUACCACGGGGCAGUAAAGGUGAUUAUCUACGGCGGGCCCGAUCCUUCCAAGGAGGAGGUGGAGGCCUUUAAAUACCGCUUUCCAAACGCCACCUUUCACUGCUCCGAGAGGGCCGACCGCGGUUUUUUUGAUAGCGUUCACAUUGGUAAGAUUUUCCUCAACGCGCUCGAUAUCGUCGGCUCGAUGGAAAUCCCUGAGGAGGCGGAAGGGGAGUGA